GUAUGGAAUUUGGCCGAUUACAGUGACUAUCGAGAAUUUACCAAGAUCCGUGGGAAAUGAACUGCCAUGUACGUUUCUGUAUGGUAUUGCUCCUGGACCAACGAAACCGGACAAUCUAGACGUCUGCUUGACGCCUCUAGUAGAUGACCUCAUGAAACUUGCCGUAGUAUCCCUGAAACAAGAGAUGCCUCUACUGAUGACAGCUUCACGAUGAAGGCAAGGGUACUCAGCUGGAAGGUCGACUAUGAGGGACAUCGUAUACUGCUCAAGGUUGUCGGAGCAAGUGGUUUGGCUGGUUGUGAUAAAGAUCAUGCGAAGGGUAUCAAACCAGCAGGUGUCAAUAGGACGAUCUUCCCACUUCAACGCUGCUACCUGGCCCAGGACUCAGACCUCCGCCGAAACCGAAAUGGGCGAUAUUUGCGAAUCAAUGACAACGGCCAAGUGGAAGGGCACAGUGGACCCGACAACAGCAAUCCACCAGCACCCAGGACACACGAUAAAAUGGUCGCCACUGGCCAACAAGUCGAAGCUCUGCGUCUCCAAGGGAGAAGAGCACAAGCGGAUCGUCUGCAAAAGGAAACCGGUGUCCGUGGUGUGUCUGAAAUAUGCCGACUGCCCUACGUUGACAUCGUGGCUGAUGUACCGGUGGACCCUAUGCAUGUCAUCGCUGGGUUUUGCAAGAAGCUCCUUGCCAUUAUGAGAGCCGACAGCAGCGUUGACGGGUACAACAUCCGGCAGUUUGAGAGGCAAAUGGGCAGGUUUCAUGCAAACAUCAUGCCCGCUGCCGAGGGCCAAGACUUGCCGCAAGCUCCCUGGACCCUGACUCCAGCGCAACUUCGCCUGGCAGACGAGUGCUUGGCAUGUAUCAAAGGGAUCACGGGCCAUUCCUUCAGACCAGAUAUGUCGAUGUUUGUAGAUGGUGGUGCAAACCAGAAAUCAGAAGAAGUCAUUCACGCGAUGACUAAUGGCCCAGUAAAGUUCUGCCUCCGAGGGUUCCUGGGAAACCUGCAGCGAACGGCAAUCUUUGCUUACUGCGACGCAGUGUACGAUGUACUACAGUCAUCCUCACGAGACAUGCUGGAUGAUUGCCAGGAGCAGCUAUGCAGAGCGAUGGUACUGCUAGCAAGGACAUUGCCAUGUACCAUCCAGACAAUGCUUUUCCACCUUCACUAUCAUUUGGUGGAGGGCGUUCAGAGGUUUGGAACCGCUCAGUCAUUUUGGAUGUUCCCAGCGGAGAGACGACACCACCUGUUCAAACAGCUGAUCAAGUCUCCCAAGCAUCCAGAGACGUCCAUCAUGAACAGGUUCAAGUACGUGCUUGCUGCCCAGCGUCUUCGCCACAAUGGCGAGGUGCCAGUGGACCUUGUUGACAUCUUUCAACAGUAUGACAAAGUGGAUGAUUUUGAACGAGGCUAUAACACCCGUCGACGCCGAAAUGAAGACGAGAACGACUACGAAGACAUCGUAGUUCAUGGUGCUGGCUGCCAUUUGUCGUUCAGUAGCUUUGCACAACGUCUUGGGGCCAACUCUGCUGGCUCUUUCGGGAUGUUCUUCGGUACUCCAAGGGAGAUGGUGCUAAACGAGGCUGACAGACAGCUAUUACAGGACGAGGACGACGUGGACGGGGAGGGCGGGGAAGACGAGGACGGGGAGGGCGGGUCUCAAGGGCAGAGGGUCGUGUUCAGUAACGAGGUAGGUGGUAGCUACCAUAUGGAGCAGGAGGGCUUGCGGCGAUCUCUGGAGAAGAUGGAGGACUUCAUGGAGGUGGGCACUCUGGUGACCCUGCUAUCAAGCACCUCUUUUACAUCUGGCAUGUUGGCAAAGACACAAAGUAAGAUGUACGGACGUGGAAGACAACAAUGA